UUCUAUAGAAUUGUUUGCUAUGGAAAAAUAUAAAGAGCGCCGACGUUUUACCUAUGAUGUCUUCCUCAGCUUUAGAGGAGAAGAUACAAGGAACAUCUUUAUAGGACAUCUUCACGACCACUUAUUGCAGAAGGGGAUCAAAACUUUCAUUGAUGAUAACAAUCUGAAGAUAGGGGAGGGUAUUUUCCCUGCCAUUUCCAAAGCUAUUCAAGAAUCUAAGAUUUCAAUCAUUGUGUUUUCUGAGAACUAUGCAUCUUCCACAUGGUGUCUUGCUGAACUUGACGAGAUCAUAAAAUGCACGACAAGAAACAACAGCAGCAGCAGCAACAAUGACAACAAACAACUUGUUUUCCCCAUUUUUUACCAUGUCGAUCCGUCAGAUGUACGUCAUCAAAAAAAUAGUUACAAUGAAGCCAUGACUGCACAUGCGAAUAGGUUUGGAGAAAACUCCGAGAAAGUACACGCAUGGAGAUCAGCUUUGCAUGAGGCUGCAAACUUGAAAGGACACCAUAUUAGCACUGGGUGUGAAAACAUUCAUAUUAAAAAGAUUGUUGGGGAGGUGUAUGCUAACAUAGCUCCUAAACCUUUAUUUGGUGAUGACCCAGUUGGACUAGAGCACCGCAUAGAAGAGUUGAGAACAACCCUAGACAUGAAGCCGAAUGAUGAUACUGAGAGCAUGCGGGGCAUCUACGGCAUUAGUGGAAUUGGGAAAACAGAAAUUGCCAAAGCCUUGUGUAAAAAGAUUGUGCACCAAUUUGAAGCUGCAAGUUUUCUUGUUAAUGUGAGAGAGGAGUCAAAAAAAAUCAGUGGCCAGGAAGAUCGACAGAAGAGUACACUUCCAUUAGAGAUGUUGGAAGUGUCAGAAAUCGAGUUGGGCGGUCAAAGCAUAGGCAUGUAUGAAAAAGAACAGGUUUGUAAAGAAAAAGUUCUUUUGGUUCUUGAUGACAUUGAUGAUGUAGAACAGUUGAAAAUCAUGGCAAGCGAACGUGAUUGGUUUCCGGGUAGCAGGAUCAUUAUAACACCAAGGGAUGAAGAUUUGCUCAUCGGUCAUAAAGUGGACAAGAUCUAUAAAAUUGAAGAACUUGAUGAUCAACAUUCUCUUGAGCUCUUUUGUCAGAAUGUCUUCGGAAAGAUCCAUCCUGAAACAGGGUAUGAAGAAGGUUCUUCUCGUGCAAUAGGUUAUUCCAAGGAAGUUCCAUCGGAGUUGAAGGUGAUAGGAUCUGAUCAAGCCAAUGAGAAAAGUUUACAAGCUUGGGAGUGUGCAUUGGAAGAAUACAAAUGGAACACGGUUGGAAGAAUCCAAGACAUGCUCCAAAGAAGCUUAGAAAUAUACACCAAAACAAAAUUGAAACUAAGUGUGGUUGGGAAACGCAUUUCCAAGCGUUUAGCAACUGCCAAAGACGAGCUUUCAUGGAAAUACCAAUGGCACGUGCAAGACAAGUUAUUAUAUGUUAUUGAGAGCCUCCAUAUAAAUAUAUAACUCCUGUAUUUGAAGAUGUGUGAAUAUAUUGAAAAAAUUUGAUAAGUAUAGACCCUUAGUCAAGAAGGUCUAUGUUAGGAGAAAGAGGGGAGUAGCAGGGGAUAAUAACCCUGUAACUGAUUCUAACUGACUCCAUGGGGGGGGUUAGGAUUCUGUUAUUCUGUUAGUCCUUUGUAACUGACAACUACCUACUAUAAAGGUUAGUUAGCAGGGUAGUUAGAAUCACUUCUGGGUUGUUAGGAAGAGUGGAGAGUCUGGUCUCUCGAAUAACCAGUGGGUUCUUCUGUAGUUUGUGAGUUUCCUCUGAAUCUUCUUGGAUUCAGUGUGAGUUUCAAUACAAUUCUUCUCAGUUUUUCUUCAGAGUUUAUCAUU